AUGAAGUGGUCAUGGAUAGCUCUCCUGCCGCUUUGGUUUGCGCCAACUUCGGCCACAUCACCGGUUCCUCGAAACCGCGAAAGAUGUGGUUUACCGGAGAACGGUGCAAGUUUCGAAACUUCGACUCCAGAAGCUCAAAUGCUGAAUCCCGACAUCGUCGCUGAAGCGAUUGCAUACGCUACCACUCACAAUCGCUUGACGGUACAAAUCUUUCGCGGAAAUUGCCGUGUGGCGACCGGACCCUUGGAUCCCUUGCUCGACGAGAUCCCCUUCAAUGUCUGGAGCGUGACUAAGUCAGUGGUCUCGCUUCUCGCCGGUAUUGCCAUUGGCGACGGCAAGAUGAACCUUGACGAUGCAGUCGGACAGUAUCUUCCUCAGGGUCCUGGCUGGGGCAACGAAGCACACCGAUCCAUAACGAUUCGUAAUCUCCUGACGGAAACAGCUGGCCUUCGUGAGGCAGCUAUAGCAGAAGUCUUGACCUCGGAAACUGAGCCAAACAUUGUUCUGACUGCUCUGAAUGAGAAAGUCGAGCACCCUAACGGAACCUAUUUUGAGUAUGCACAGCGAGUGCCCGACCUCCUGGCUUUUGCAGUACAACAAGCUGUCGGUCAAGAUUUACAAUCUUUUGCACAAGAGCGGCUAUUUGGACCAAUUGGGACUCAAAGAGAUGACUGGUUCUGGCUGCGCGACCGGUCGGGAAAUACCUACGGCUAUGCGCACUUGUUCAUCAAACCCUCGACUCUGGCAAGCCUUGGUCUUUUGGUGCAAAAUAACGGUACCUGGAAUGGCAAUACAGUUGUUCCUUCCAAUUGGAUUGACCAAGUCCAGCAAAGCAGCUCUACAAAUCCGUGUUAUGGGUAUCUUUUCUGGACGAACCGCGGCAUGCCGUGCACAGGCGCCAAUGUGCCAGAUGCACAAACCGUCCAAAGGCAUAUGAUACCGUCAGCACCAAACGACCUGUACGCCAUGAUCGGCUUCAUGUGGCAAGACAACUUCGUCAUUCCGAGUCUUGACAUGACAGUCACAUGGACGGGCGUUUUUGGCGACUAUACACCUGACCUGGACCAGCUCUUAAGUGCUGCUCCGGGCCCUUUGCUCUGGAAUUUCUUCGAAAUUCUCAUGCGCAGUGUUGAAGACCAACAGAUUCCUGAUCCUGGACCGUACCGCCCCGAUCCUCUGGAUUUGGAUGUCAAUCCGAACAACUAUCUAAGUAUUCCGAUCAUAUUCAGCGACCUUUUCCCAAAUGCCGAUUGCAAUGUAAUUUCUUGCAACUCCACAAUUCCAACGAAAGGCCUCAUCGAGAAUGUCCAGGCCAUCACCGGUGCUGCUCUAGGCCUCUAA